AUGGACGGGCACCGGCCGCCGACGACACUCGCACAGAAGGGUCGAUCAUCGUCACAGGGAGGAGGACCCAAUGUUCUACUCAAACAAGCAAUUGCAAAUCGAAUUGGAAAAGAUGAGACAAUGAAUCAUGAUGCACAAGUACAACAGCUUGAUCGAUCACUUUUAACUCAUCCGGCUUGGUCGAGAGAUCAAGAUGGAAGGACUGGAGAGAAAUUGGAAGAUAUUGAUUUGAAAGGAGCGAGAAAGUUGAGUCCGAGAAGAUCUGUUUUGACAAGAGAAAACUCUGAACCAUCAUUGAGAAAGAAGAAGAAGCCACCAAUGCCGAUGUAUCGAAUUUCUGGAGUGGAAACUGAUUCACUUGCGAGUUUCUAUCCAGAAGACGUACAACCGGAUCGUUUUCUGAUAGGAGAAGAUGAGUAUGAGUAUGUUUCAUUGGAACAAUUACCCGAUACUGUUCGAGAAGCUGUGAUUCGAGACAUGAAUGAGGGGAACUUUUACGAAGAGAUGGGAAGUCAUGAUGAAGGAAGUGGGAUUAAUUUGGGAUCGAUGAGUCGACUACACGAGGUACCAGAGUCAAAUGAUGAGAUGCCGAGAUCAGCUUCUGGAUAUUUUGAUGAGAGUGGUUUACAUGAUUCUUAUCAACAGGCAAUGCAGAAUUCUCAAAAACAGAAACCAUCUGAGAAUCUCUUUCAAUCAUUCUAUGAAAAUGUACAAGGUGGAUAUGUUGGAACGAGUUCACAAGAUCGAUACCCGAGCCCAGGAAUGAUUAAUUCUAAUAUUCUCAAUGAGAUUCGUGCUGAUCCAACGUAUCCAACGAGUCCAAUCCGAGAAUUGUCUUUGAAAGAACAAAGGCAAGCGUUUUUUCGAUCAAUGUUACCAAAUGAGCGAUCAACGAGUGGGCCGACCUCACCAACUUCUCCUGAAGAAACAGAAAUGAGGAAACAAUUUGUGCAAAGAUAUGGGAGACGUAAAGCACCGAUUGCUGAAGGAGAUCCCGCUGAUCCAAGGCCAUCACUCGGUGCUUCACAAGAUUCAGUAGUUUCAUUGGGAUCUCAUGAAUCUGUUGUCUCAGCGGCAAGUAUUCGAGCUGAAAGAGCUGUGAGAAGGGAUUUCAACUAC